GACAUUAGAAGCACAAGUGUUUGUGCUGAAGGAAUUCACACAUGUAGGACUAGUUGGGGGCCACAUACAUAACAAGAGGCGCCCCUCACUGGCACCAUUUCAUUCUAACUAGAUGUGAAGUGGUGCCAUUGACUACAUAAUACAGUGCACAUAUGUCUGACUCCAAUAACAGACACAUUCAGAUUUGUUGCCCCCCCCGCACCCCCUGCACCAAUAACCCACCUCCAACAGCCUUUCCCCUGGAAACUGCCACUUAAAGCCAGUAAUUGCAGCUGUGGCCCCAGCAAGAAGGCUAGUGUGUGUGGCGUAGGAGCCCAAGGCAACCCUGUACCAGUUAGGGACAUUAGUGGUUUGGGUGAGGGUAAUGGGAACCUGUAGUACAUCACUGGAAGUGCCAGCCAACUGGUUAGUAAUGUCCGGCCAUAAACGGACAUAAUUUGCAUGUGAAGCCCACCCAUUGUGUAUUGGGGGGUGCGAGUGUCAGCCAUCAUGGCAUCAUAAUGACAAGUGCUUUAGAGUGCGCUGCUUUCUCUCUGUGUGUCUCUUGCUGGGUUUAUUAAAAACUAGAACAUAUUUGAUAAUGUACAUAAAACACAAUUUAUGCCGCUGACAUGUAAUGUACAUAAACCUACAUAGAAACAAACUGGUUGAGGUUAAAAUGUUUAAUCUUUUCCCAGAAUAAUCUUAUUUCUAGCUAUGUUAAUACCAUCAGUCUAAACAAAGGGUCAGGCAUUAUGACAUCACCAUCACACAGCCAGUAUAACAUCACCAUCACACAGCCAGUAUAACAUCACCAUGACGACCAUUGUGACAUCACGAAGGUUUACUUAGAGUGUGCUGUUUCCUGCUGAGUCUCAUUUUGCUUUUUGUUUGACUACGAGCAACAAGCAAAAUGCUAUUCCAGCAUUUUUAUAUUAUUUUUAUUAUUCUACUUUUAUUAUUCUUUUUAAUAUUCACUGAUUCCGCUACUGUUCCUACAUUAAUAUGCCUGAAAUGUGCCAAAGAUUUUGAUAAAAUUAAGGAUGAAUUUAUUCACAUAUUUGACAAGGAACACAAGCUUGGAUCUCCCAAACUGGAUUUUAUUAAACCAGUUCUAAAGAAAGCAUUUACUGCUGCAUUUGAGGGAGUUAUUGCCAAUAUGGAAGAGAGGAGACUGGAUAAUCGAGGGAUAAAUGAAUUGGCCAACGAGUUUAGGAAAAUAAUGAAAUCUAUUAAAGAUUCUAAAUUGACAGCAACCGAACUUAUCAAGGCCAUAGAAUCCAACUUCCAAGAGCUUAAACGGAAAGCCGAUAUUAUUGCUCAAAGGUUUGAGCAAGAACGUUCAUGCCCCAAUCUGAAAGGUGGCUUCAAAUGUGGACUUCUUGAGCAAAAAAUUAUUCAGUGCGGCACAUGCAAAGAGCAGAGUCUGUUGUGUGUCGGAGGCUCCACUGAGAAGAAAUGUGAAGAAAUUCUGUCCCACUGCCUGAUGUGUGUGUGUCGUGCAGGAGUAUGUCACCACAGAAUAACGAAGCAACCGUGCCAACCUUGCAAGGGCUACCAGAAGUGCCUCAAUGAGGUGUUACAUUGUAAAGAUCAGGAUCUCCGAGUUGCUGAAGGAGAAGAUCUAAAGUUUGACUGCAACCUGAAUUUUCUUAACAGCGUUGAUGAAAAGUUUGAAUUUGUUUUAGAAAAGAGAGAAGAAUUGGACGUCUCACUCAUGCAGACCUCCAACAAACCGGACAUCUUUAUACACAAAGCCAACAAGGAUGUUUCAGGCCGUUACAGCUGUACGGCAAAAUCCAAAGAUGCAAUGUUUCCGAUAAGCAGAGUGGAUUUUACAGUAAAAGUUGUGAGCCCACGGAAACCUGAAUCUCUGGACUCAGUUCCACCUCCUGCUAGAAAUAAGAAAGAUAAAUUUAGAGAUAACCAGAUGGCCCAGGUCACAGUGAUAUGUGCUACUGUUAUCAUUUUGGCGAUUACUGCAUCGAUAAUGACCUGCAUAUGUUUAUAUAUAAGAGAAAGCCACAGAGCAGAAGAGGUUCGUGCCCAGAAGAAACCAACGGUACUGGAAGAAGUAAAGAUCUCCAUAGAUAGUGAGAAGCCAGAAACUAGAGAAAAGGCAACACAAACAGAUGUCUGAGGGCAACAGAUAUUCUGUUCCUCUAUGGCUGUACCCCAACGUCAUUCUGUUACGUGUAUCAGCGCAGGUUAAAUGCCACAGAAACCUUGAUCCUAUUCUUCCCUGAAUACUUACACAGCGCUCUGUCUUUAUACCCCCUUAUUCUAACACUCAGUUGGUGAGGAAGGGCGACCGAGGGAUGGUGGGCGGGUUGGGGGUAUAAAGAGGGAGCAGACGCUGCUGUUGUGUAUUCAGAGCUGACAGAUCAGAAGAUCUAUAGAUUGAAAGAAGAUCUCUGUGAUUAUAAAACGUAACUAUAAAAUGAGCCUGUCCCACCGCUCAUGGACAAGGAGCCAAUGGGGCAGAACCGUUACUUGUGUUGUGGACAUCGCAGAAGAAUGUAAAAAACUUUGUUUUUGUCUAUAAAAAUACAAUAAAUGAUGUUUUUAUUGCA